CUCCUCCGCCUCCUCCUCUUUGACUCGCGCCACUCACCAUCUACACAAGAGAGAGAGAGAGAGAGAGAGAGAGUAAAAUGGUACAGUUCCACGAGCACAUAAUCACGGACCUCCUAGAGGACCCCGCCGGCGGCCUGGUGGUCCUCUCCUCCGGCCUCGGCCUCCACAAGCUCAUCUCCUCCCUCCUCCUCCUGCACCACCCUUCCCAGGGCACCCUCCUCCUCCUCUCCCCUUCGCCUUCCCUCAAAUCCUCCAUCCUCUCUUCCCUGCAAAAUCAAAGCCCUAACACCGAAUUGCGUGCUUCUUGUUCCGAAAUCACCUCCGACCUCCCCCCCCACCACCGCCUCUCCCUUUACUCCGCCGGCGCCGCCGUCUUCGUCACCCCUCGCAUUCUCAUCGUCGACCUCCUCACCUCCCGCCUCUCCCCCUCUGCCGUCGCCGGCAUCGUCCUCCUCAACGCCCACUCCCUCUCCGACACCUCCACCGAAACCCUGAUCGUCCGGAUCCUCCGCUCCUCCUCCUCCUCUCUCUACGUCCGCGCCUUCUCCGAUAAGCCCCAAGCUAUGGUGGCGGGUUUCGCGAAACCGGAGCGGAUCCUCAAAUGCUUGUACUUGAGGAAACUGCACCUGUGGCCCAGGUUUCAGGUAUAUGUGUCCCAGGAUUUGGAGAGGAAUCCGCCGGAGGUGGUGGACGUUAGGGUACAGAUGUCGCCCUACAUGAGGGGGAUUCAGAAGGCUGUGAUUGAGGUCAUGGACGUGUGUUUGAAGGAGAUGAGGAAGACCAAUAAGGUGGAUGUGGACGAUUUGACGGUGGAGAACGGGUUGUUCAAGUCGUUUGAUGAGAUUGUGAGGCGGCAGUUGGAUCCCAUUUGGCAUACUUUGGGGAAGAAGACCAAGCAGCUCGUAUCGGAUUUGAAAACACUGAGGAAGUUGUUGGAUUACCUUGUCAGGUAUGAUGCCGUGACUUAUUUGAAGUACUUGGAUUCACUGAGAGCGGCAGAGAAUUUUAGAUCUGUUUGGAUAUUUGCAGAAUCAAGUUACAAGAUAUUUGGGUACGCAAAAAAGCGUGUUUAUCAUUUUGGAAGGUUGGACGGUGGGAAGUUGAUUGGGAAGAGUAAAAGUGCGACAACUAAAAAAAGAAAGCUGGAGGAUAGCACUACAGAGAAAGAAGAUUCCUUGCCAACGAGUACAAAUAGUGGAAUAGUUUUGGAGGAAGUCUUGGAGGAGCCACCAAAGUGGAAGGUGUUGCGUGAGGUUCUUGAAGAAAUAGAAGAGGAAAGAGAGAAGCACCCUUUGUCAAGGGUAGAACCUGUGAUCGAAGGUGAAGAGGAUAAUAAUGGAAUUGUGUUAGUAGCCUGCAAAGAUGAACGCUCGUGCGUGCAGCUUGAAGAUUGCAUCAUCAAAGGCCCACAUAAGGCCAUGCGGGAAGAGUGGGAGAAAUAUCUACUGAGCAAAAUAGAGCUGCACAGCCUACCCAAACGUAAUAAAAAGAAAGCAAAAGAUCCUAAAGGUUUCGGGAUACUUGAUGGAGUGAUUCCGAAAACACCUGGACAAAAUGCAGAAGCUAGUAGCAUAAGCAAGCUGGAAAACGACGCACUGCUGGCCGCGGCUGCAGAAGUAAGUAAACAUAAUAAAAAAGAUACUCCUGUUAAAGAUCAUCCUCAACCAUAUGUUGGAAAUGGAGGCCAUGCCAAAGGAAAGGGAAAAGGAAGGAAAGGAAAAACCUCUGGAUCAGUUUCUUUAUCUUUGAAUAAGGAUGACAAAAGUGGCAAUGAGGCGGCCAUGAAUGAUAGAACUGGGAUGUCAGCUUCAGAAAAUGGAGUCCAAAGAUAUGACACUGAUCCUGUGGUCGGGGAUUUGGACAACGUUAUUCUUCGAAAGCACCAUCAAGGGGUUGAUGCUGCAUCAUCAAGUAAUGCUAAGCAGCUUCCACCAGUGCACUUUUAUGCAAUAGAAAGCGAUCAGGAUAUCCUUGACAUUUUAAAGCCUUCGACAGUUAUUGUAUACCACCCUGACAUGGCCUUUGUCAGGGAGAUUGAAAUCUAUAAAGCUGAAAAUCCCACAAAAAGGUUGAAAGUAUAUUUUCUCUUUUAUGAGGAUUCUACUGAGGUGCAAAAAUUUGAGGCAAGUAUACGAAGGGAAAAUGGAGCUUUCGAAUCCUUGAUUAGACAGAAAUCUUUGAUGAUGAUUCCAGUUGAUCAGGAUGGGCGUUGUCUGGGAUCGAGUUCUUCAAUUGAGCCGGAGUCCAUGACUUCCCAAAAUUCACUAACUAGAAAGGCAGGUGGAAGAAAGGAAGUGGAGAAAGAAAUGCAGGUCAUAGUGGAUAUGAGGGAGUUCAUGAGCAGCUUGCCAAAUGUACUUCAUCAGAAGGGCAUGCGCAUUAUACCAGUAACCUUGGAAGUUGGAGAUUAUAUCCUUUCACCCCUAAUUUGUGUGGAAAGAAAGAGUAUACAAGACCUUUUUGGUAGUUUUGCGUCCGGUCGCCUUUACAACCAAGUGGAAACAAUGGUGCGUUAUUAUCGGAUACCUGUUCUUCUGAUUGAGUUUUCCCAAGACAAGAGCUUUUCAUUUCAGUCUGCAAGUGAUAUAGGUGAUGAUGUCUCUCUAAAUAGCAUUAUAUCCAAACUAUCAUUGCUCGUGCUACAUUUCCCCCGCCUGCGGAUUGUCUGGUCCCGGAGUUUGUAUGCUACUGCCGAGAUUUUUGCUUCCCUUAAAGCGAACCAAGAAGAACCUGAUGAAGCCAAGGCGAUGAGAGUUGGUGUCCCCUCGGAAGAGGGUAUUGUGGAGAAUGAUGUGAGAGCUGAGAAUUACAAUACUUCAGCAAUCGAAUUCUUGAGACGGCUCCCGGGUGUCACUGAUUCUAACUACCGGGCUAUAAUGGAUGGGUGCGAAAGCUUGGCAGAACUUGUCCUUCUUCCUCUUGAGAAAUUAGCUGAGCUGAUGGGUGGUCAGAAAGCUGCCAAGACCCUGAGGGAAUUUCUGGAUGCCAAAUAUCCAACCUUGAUUUGAGGCCAAUUAGUUACACUUCAUUCAUUCACAAGACAGUGGCAUACUAAUGAUUCCUGCAUUAUUUCAAAGUUAGUAUUUAAUCUGGUUUACAAUGGGCGGUAAAAGCUGUUCAUGCCUUGGCUUCACAAUCUGCAUUGUUGAUUGUUGACACUACACCAAAUAUGUCUUUUAAUAGCAUUAGGUAACAGCAUUUUUUUAGGAAUGCUAUGAUAGGAAAGCAAUUACAGCAUUCAAGGAUAAGGAUUUGGGGAAACUCUCACACCCAAAAUACUAUAGCGUUUCAUUAACUCGUCAAUAGCGUUCCAUGAAAAUUUAAGGCGCCUAACCCUUUGCUGAAAAAUCAAAAUUGGUUCCGCCAGGCGCUAGAGUUCUCAAUCGUUUCGUGCGAACUGGAGCAGAUUGGGUUUCAAUUGUUGUUUGAAGCACCAGUUGGCAGCAUAUGGAUCGAUCUUCAUCUUCUGGUAUUCUAGGGUUUUAAGCCUAAGCUGCAGAUUUGUUCCUUGUUAUGUAUUUCUCCUACAAUCCAAUCGAUUAACUUCUAUUUCCUACAAAUCUCCCGAUUUCCAUCGUUCUUCUUCCUCCUCAUCCCGUAGUUAGAGAAAAAUCAAAGCACUAUUCGGACAUAUUGCACCAGCAGAAGCAAGCAGCCAGUUUGGAGAGUUCUCACGAGGGACUAAGGGCUCUUGGGGCAAUCAAAUUAAGGCAUGCCAUGUGGUGCUGUGGAUUAUAGUUUCUGCACUUACAACACGAAGUGUUUUGCUUUUUAUUUUGGGGGUUGAGUUUGAGUAAUUGGUCCCAAGAGGCAUGGCCGUUUAAGAGGAUUUGGAAAAGGAGUCGCACUGACAAAAUUAAUCAUAUUAUCACAAAUGAGUGGUCAUAUAGCUCAGCUACAUGAAAAUGUUCAAUUCAAGUCUCAAAUGGCACAAAUGCAAACUACAAUCGAUGACUUAAAGAAAAACCAAGUAGCUUAUCAUUUUCUUCACGGGUGGUCAUUUUUGUACUACUUUGAGUAACAAAGUUUGUUUGUUUUCCUUUUUGAACUUUUUGGGUGCAGAAUCCUGCAACAACUGAAGGACACCGGUGAAAAGUUAUUUACUUUAGCAUAUCAGACUACGAUUUCAGGAAUGUUGAUUGGUUGAAAGAGAAGAUUGAAACUUAGUCACUUUUUGCUGAAGAUGGAGAUAUAUUCUAGUGUUGGUUGGAAUUUAAUUGAAGUUUUUGCUCUACCAGCUAACUCCUUUUUUGAUCAAGACAUGUAUAGCUAGGCAACUUAGUUUUAAGAGAUUUGAAUGUGGAUAUGAUCUCUUUGCGUUAGCAAGUCAGCAAGUGGAGGAUAGCUAGCGACUGUAUUUUGUACUUGAGAACUGAGUUUGAAUGAUACAAGUCUCCUACUAGUUUUU